GUUGAGUUGAUGGGAGCUGACUGAGCUCAGGCAUACUUCGUCAGACAGGUCGGAAGCUGCUGAGCAGACAUGAUGCAGAUGAAUGAGACAGACUUUCACCUCCCGCUGUCCGAGUACAGCUUCGAGCGGCGGUUUGACGACAGAGGGGCGAUAGAGUGGAUGCAGGCUAACUGGAGUAAGUCCUUUGUGUUCAGCGCUUUGUACGCCGCCCUGGUGUUUGGAGGUCAGCACUACAUGAAGCCUCGGCCCAGGAUGAACCUGCGGCGGCCGCUCGUCCUCUGGUCGCUCAGCCUCGCUGUCUUCAGCAUCGUCGGUGCGGUCCGAACCGGAUCCUACAUGAUCCACAUCCUGAGCAGCAGCGGCUUCCGACGGUCCGUCUGCGACCAGAGCUUCUACAGCGGCCCCAUCAGCAGGUUCUGGGCCUACGCCUUCGUCCUGAGCAAAGCUCCGGAACUCGGCGACACAGCGUUCAUCGUGCUCAGGAAGCAGAAGCUGCUCUUCCUGCACUGGUACCACCACAUCACUGUGCUGCUCUACUCCUGGUACUCCUACAAAGACAUGGUGGCCGGUGGGGGCUGGUUCAUGACCAUGAACUACACCGUACACGCCCUCAUGUACAGCUAUUACGCGGCACGUGCCGCCGGCCUGCGUGUGCCGCGGCCCUUCGCCGUGCUCAUCACCAGCGCUCAGAUCGCUCAGAUGGCCAUGGGGCUGGCGGUGAGCGGGCUGGUGUACCGCUGGAUGCAGCAGGGAGACUGCCCCUCCCGCAUCGACAACAUCACCUGGGCCACGCUCAUGUACCUCAGCUACCUGCUGCUCUUCUCCAACUUCUUCUACCAGACCUACCUGCGCCGCCACGGUGCCGAGGGCAAGACCGACAAGGCCGAGUAGAGGCCCGGAGCAUCAGGAGACGCUGUGUGUGUCUCGAUGAGGAUGUUUAAAGACUGACUGAAAAAAAAAAAAAAAGAACUCUAUGAGACGUUUUUCAGGACAGAGGAACCUGUGAAGGACACUCAGCGUCUCGUACAGGACGUGACGAGCAGGUUCACACUCUUCAGCUCCCGUAGUUUCCUGUAAAGAAGCAGAAAUAAAACCCAAGAUUUUCAGAGUCAGCAUCAGGUUCAGGUGAUAAACUGGUUUAUCACCUGAACCUGAUGUUCAGUUCACUGUGCAACAGAAAACUGCAGCUCAACUGAGAAUCAGUGUGUCUGAGUGAAAAUGACUGAACCAGGUGUGUUCAGGUUAAUCCAUCCACGAUGACGGCACCGUGUUUAACACAGAUCAGAGCGGUUCAUCACACUUCAUCACCAUUUACAGAAAAAUCUCUUCAACAAAAACAAACGUCAGAGGAAGGAGACGUUUGACAACAGGUGGACGCUCAGGUGUAGAGUCAGCAUUCAGGUUUCUUUUCCAGAAACACACACACACCCACGUUCCAGCACGUUCCAGCAGGCUGAUGAAACCAGCCACUCCCAGCCUCCUCAUACUGGUUUGGCUGGUUUCACCUCCCCACCACACCUCCAUUCACGUUGGCUUUAAUGUCACCGGUGUCUGUUCAGGUCCUGUGAGUCUGUGAAUCCUCGCUGCCUGUGUGCUGAGAUUCUUCAGGCUGAAAUCAGCGUCAGGCAGAGUUAAACUUCUGAUGAUCAACUGUUUGAGAAUCAAUGCUCAGAUUCAGUUUUUUGUUAAUCAGCUGAGAAACAACCGCUUCAGUUAUUGGUGCUGAUUAGACGUAUGAUGGCUGCUGAUUGGCUGCUGGAAAAGUCUCCACAUGUUUCUCUUCCACAGUUGAUUUUACUUUUUGUAUUUUCUGCUGGUUUAAAUCAUGUAAAUCACAUGUUUAAAAUGUUUUUCUCUGUCCAUGAAAUGUUUCAGUGUGUGAUGUGAAACUCUGGAGGAAGCGUGGACUGUGAGGGGAUUUUCUGUAUGAACACACUGAAGCUUCUUUUGUAACAGCUGCUGAAUGAAAACACCACGAUCUUCAAUUAGUUUUUAUUUAAUUAGUUCAGGUUUUAAAUGUUUUAUUUAUUGUUUGAAAAAAAUGGAAUAAAGUGUUUUGCAAUUUUG